AGCGUUUUGCAUCGGUGUUCUAGGAGUGUGCGGUCACUCGAUUUUGUUGGUGUCUACACAGCCCGUGCAAGCGCCAUGCGAACGGUGCUAUGCAUGUCCUCUUCGUAUACAUCAUCAAUGUAACACCUCGAGCACUGCACUGCCGUUACAUUUACUCGUAAUUUCUAAUGUCUAAGAGGAUUUCCGUUUAUUUUGUUCCAUCGUUCAUGUCAAGACGGUCGCUAGAAUUAUUGCUGUGGUCUCCUCCAGCACCGACCGAAAAGGAUUUGUGUGUGAUCAAAAUUUAAUUUUGACAUUAUUUCAUUUUUAAUAUAUUUAGCUAAUAUAAAUAUGGCCAGCGAUUCUCCUGCAAGAAGUCUGGAUGAAAUCGACCUCUCUGCUCUGCGGGACCCGGCGGGCAUUUUUGAGCUGGUGGAACUAGUUGGGAAUGGAACGUACGGGCAGGUCUACAAGGGUCGUCAUGUCAAGACGGGCCAGCUCGCCGCCAUCAAAGUCAUGGACGUCACUGGGGAUGAAGAGGAGGAGAUUAAGCAGGAGAUUAACAUGCUGAAGAAGUACUCGCACCACCGCAACAUUGCCACGUACUAUGGCGCCUUCAUCAAGAAAAACCCACCAGGAAUUGAUGACCAGCUCUGGCUGGUGAUGGAGUUCUGUGGCGCUGGCUCGGUGACAGACCUGAUAAAGAACACCAAGGGGAACUCGCUGAAGGAGGAGUGGACGGCCUACAUCUGCAGGGAGAUCCUCAGAGGUUUGACUCACCUCCACCAGCACAAAGUCAUCCACCGGGACAUCAAGGGCCAGAACGUCCUGCUCACGGAGAACGCCGAGGUCAAACUAGUGGAUUUUGGUGUGAGCGCGCAGCUCGAUCGGACCGUGGGCCGCAGGAACACUUUCAUCGGGACGCCGUACUGGAUGGCCCCUGAAGUCAUCGCCUGUGACGAGAACCCCGACGCCACGUAUGACUUUAAGAGUGACCUGUGGUCACUAGGAAUCACAGCCAUAGAGAUGGCAGAAGGAGCUCCACCACUGUGUGACAUGCAUCCUAUGAGGGCACUCUUCCUGAUUCCCAGGAAUCCAGCCCCCAGACUCAAGUCCAAGAAGUGGUCCAAGAAGUUCCAGUCCUUCAUAGACAGCUGCCUGGUGAAGAGUCACGGACAGCGGCCCAGCACUGAGCAGCUACUCAAACACCCCUUCAUCCGGGACCAGACCAAUGAGAGGCAGGUCCGCAUCCAGCUCAAGGACCACAUUGACCGUACCAAGAAGAAGCGAGGGGAGAAAGAUGAGACUGAGUAUGAGUACAGCGGGAGUGAGGAAGAGGAGGAUGACAAUGACAUGGGAGAACCCAGUUCCAUCAUCAACAUCCCCGGGGAGUCCACCUUGAGGCGGGACUUCUUGCGCCUGCAGCUGGCCAAUAAGGAGCGGUCGGAGGCGCUGCGCAGGCAGCAGCUGGAGCAGCAGCAGAACGAGGAGCACAAGCGCCAGCUGCUGGCCGAGAGGCAGAAGCGCAUCGAGGAGCAGAAGGAGCAGCGGCGGAGGCUGGAGGAGCAGCAGCGUCGGGAGCGGGAGCUGAGGAAGCAGCAGGAGCGGGAGCAGCGCCGGCGAUAUGAAGAGAUGGAGCAGCUCAGGAGGGAGGAGGAGAGGAGGCAGGCAGAGCGUGAGCAGGAGUAUAUCAGGAGACAGUUGGAGGAGGAGCAGAGGCAGCUGGAGAUCCUGCAGCAGCAGCUCCUCCAGGAGCAGGCUCUUCUUCUGGAGUACAAGCGGAAGCAACUGGAGGAGCAGAGGCAGGCUGAGCGGCUCCAGAGGCAGCUCCAGCAGGAGAGGGCCUACCUGGUCUCCCUCCAGCAGCAGCAGCAGCAAGACUCCCGGUCCAGCGACAAGAAGCUCUACCACUACAAGGACUCCGUCAACCCCAAUGACAAACCCGCCUGGGCCAAAGAGGUCAUGCAAAGGUCCAAAAGUAACUCUCCCCGCAUCCCGCCUCGACAGCACCACUCCUUCAGCCACGGGGAGGCCCGUCCCACCCGCUUCCUCCGCCUCCCCGACCACGCCCCCUAUCACCAGUCCUCCACCCCCCCUAACCCACCCCCUCGCAGCAGGGAGGAGGCCAUAGAGCAGCUGCGGAGACCCUCCCAGAACAUACCCAAAAUUAGGGUGUGGAGUGAGCUGGACCUCCUGGACCUUGCCCAGGACAUUAACGAUCAUGUUCGUGACUUGAAGGCCCAGCGGUCCGGGGCGGGGCACCGUGGGCGCAGCCCCGGCCGGGACCACCGAGCGGUGGAGGAGCGGUCCAAACUGAACCGCCAGAGCUCGCCGGCACUGCAGCACAAGGUGGCCAAUCGAAUUUCGGACCCCGCCCUGCCGCCCCGCUCCGAGUCCUUCAGCAGUGGUGGCAUCCAGCCCGCCAGGACCCCACCCAUGCACCGGGCUGUGGAGCCCCAGAUGGCCCACCUGGUCCCAGUGAAGUCCCACAGCUCCUCCAUGACGGGGUCCCAGUCCCUCCACGACCAGUCCGCCAAGGGCGUGUCCGCCUUCCAGGAAGGCCUGGUCUCCCAGCGACCCGAGAUGCCGCGGCAGAACUCGGACCCCACCUCCGAGACUCCCCCGCUGCCCCCCCGCAUCGCCAGCCGCGAGGACAAGUUCGACCGCACCUCCUGGCUGAGGGAGGAGGACAUCCCGCCAAAGGUGCGGCCAUCUCUGGUUCCACAGAGGACCACCUCCAUCUCCCCGGCCCUUGUGAGGAAGAACUCUCCUGGGAAUGGAGCUGGAGGCCUGGGGCCCAGAACCGGGUCCCAGCUGAUCCGGGCCAGCAAUCCGGACCUGCGCAAGAUGGACCUCACCGUGGAAACGGCCCUCCAGAGGACAAGCAGUGGGAGCUCGUCCAGCUCUAGCACCCCCAGCUCCCAGGCUGGGUCCAGCGAGAGAAACCGGGUCAGAGGGUCUGUUAGGCCAGACAGUUCCCCUGUGGUGUCCCAGGAGACCCCCAAAGCCAAACAGCAGGAGGACAGUCGGGAGGUGACCAGGCCAAGCCGACCAGCGGACCUCACUGCUCUUGCCAAGGAGCUACGUGAGCUGCGGACAGAUGACACCCACCGGCCGCCUGUGAAGGUGACGGACUACUCGUCCUCCAGCGAGGAGUCGGAGAGCAGCGAGGAUGAUGGAGAGAGCGAGGGGCAGGACGGCACUGUGCCGGUCAGCGACAUCCCGCGCAUCAUGCCAUCCGCAGGGGCAAACGAGUCAUAUGGCGUAGACGUGGGUAGCCAUGACGAUUCCCGCAGUGAUGCCUACAGCGGUGGCUCCAAGGAUGGCACCAUGGUGAUGAGGGAGACACUGGGGGAUAGAGUGCGCACUGGCCAUGCCGAGAGCAAUGGCUUCGCUGGCCCCGUCAAUCUGCCAGACUUGGUGCGUCAAAGCCACUCCCCCUCGGCCACGCCCGCCGAGGGCCUGGGCCAGCUCUCCAGUAUGCAUGCGCAAGACCUGGACACCGUUGCCGAAUAUGGCAUGGGGGGUGGAUCCAAGGCCUCCUUCACCCCCUUCAUGGACCCACGGGUGUACCAGAACUCCCCCACGGAUGAUGACGACGAGAAUUUGGCAGCAGACCAGUUUAACAACGAACUCCUGAGGCAGGAGCAGGCCAAGCUGAACGAGGCGCGCAAGAUCUCCGUCGUCAACGUCAACCCCACCAACAUCCGGCCCCACAGCGACACGCCUGAGAUUCGCAAGUACAAGAAGCGCUUCAACUCGGAGAUCCUGUGCGCCGCCCUCUGGGGGGUCAACCUGUUGGUGGGCACCGAGAACGGACUGAUGCUGCUGGACCGCAGCGGGCAGGGGAAGGUGUACAACCUCAUCAACCGCCGACGAUUCCAACAGAUGGACGUCCUGGAGGGCCUCAACGUCUUGGUCACCAUUUCAGGGAAGAAGAACAAGCUGAGGGUGUACUACCUGUCCUGGCUGCGGAACAGGAUUCUGCACAACGACCCAGAGGUGGAGAAGAAGCAGGGCUGGAUCACCGUGGGAGAGCUUGAGGGCUGUGUCCACUACAAAGUUGUGAAAUAUGAGAGAAUCAAGUUCUUGGUGAUUGCUCUGAAGAACUCUGUGGAGAUCUAUGCCUGGGCACCAAAACCAUACCAUAAAUUCAUGGCUUUCAAGUCUUUUACAGAUCUCCAGCACCGGCCCCAACUGGUGGACCUGACUGUGGAGGAAGGUCAAAGGUUAAAGGUUAUCUAUGGGUCCAGCGUGGGUUUUCACGUGAUCGAUGUGGAUUCGGGCAAUCCUUAUGAUAUCUACAUCCCGUCCCACAUUCAGAGCAGUAUCACCCCACACGCCAUUGUGGUGCUCCCCAAGACUGACGGAAUGGAGGUGCUUCUGUGUUAUGAAGAUGAGGGGGUCUAUGUGAACACAUACGGCAGAAUCACCAAAGACGUGGUGCUCCAGUGGGGGGAGAUGCCCACCUCCGUUGCCUACAUCCACUCCAACCAGAUCAUGGGGUGGGGAGAGAAGGCCAUUGAGAUCCGCUCCGUGGAGACGGGACACCUCGACGGAGUUUUCAUGCACAAGCGAGCUCAGCGACUGAAGUUCCUCUCCGAGAGGAAUGACAAGGUCUUCUUUGCCUCAGUCAGAUCCGGAGGCAGCAGCCAAGUUUUCUUCAUGACUCUGAACAGGAACUCUAUGAUGAACUGGUAACCCACUUGCACCCCUUCCCCCUACCUCCCCACCCCUCCCCCUCCAUGCCCCACGCCAUUGCUCGCACCUCUGUCCACAUGCCGUCAGUCUCUCCAGUAUCACCCUUGUGAACUCCAGGUAUACAUUAACACUGAGCAAAGGAGGAAGACAAGGAAGAGGAAGAGAUAAAGAGUGAGGAAACAAAGUGCUGUUACUCAAAUCGUGGUCCUCAGGUGCAGAGAACUGCCUGUUUUCCACCCUCCUUUUACUUGGGAGUCUGGUGUGAAGACAGUCUGGCCAAUCCGUAGCACUACUUCUUCAGUUAAUUACCUGGGAGAAAAGAAAACCAGGGCCGGAUUUGGAUUUGAGGGCCAGAUUUGAGUAUCCAUUAAACAAAGGGACCAAGGACCGUGGAUGCUGGCAGAGUAAAGCUGCAGAGGGAAUCACCAGAAAUAACUCUUUUACCUCCAGCAGGGGGUGGAAGGGAGCAGCAUACCCCUUCGUAGCCCUUUGGGUAUCGGUCUGGACAGUGUGAGGUUUGUGGUUGAUCACCUCUUUAUUGUCUCAUCCUAUGAUUGGUUCUCCAUGUUUGUGAGUGGGCUGGCCUCGGAGUGUGGGCUAAAUUGGAGACCUUCUGGUCGUCAGGAUGCCAGUGAUGAUUAAGAGACUUAUGGGCUUCAGGACAACAACCACACAUGAAUAUGUGGGUGUCUCAUACACACACCCACACACGCACAUUCGCUCCCAUUCACUCGAGCACACAGAUACAGACACACACAGACACAUUCACACAACUGUUCUUCCUGCUUCUGGGCCAUAAAUCAGCAGAACAUACAACACUGUCACUUUCUUUUGGUCUGAAUCCAUUCUCUGGCUGGUAAGUCCUACAGUCCUUGCUUUCUGGUUCAGGGUGUAUGUGUGCAUGCACGUGGCAUCUACUUUACAAGUUAUGGGAACUGCCGCACAGUGGAUCUGACAGGGGCUUCUUGCACUGUGGAUGUCAGGUGUCUGUGCCCUCUUGCCAAGUCUUACCACAUCACAUUACAUUACCAACAGAUUAUUUGGCAUUGAUGUAUCUGCAGUCACAGCCCUUAGUGCCCCGCCCCCCCCCCCCCCCCCCAUGCACACAUACACACCAUGAUGCUGGGUGCUUUACAUGAGUCUCUCGUGUGUUCUUCCUCUGAUAGUUUAGCUAGUUUUAUUACUCCUUCCGAACAGGUUUUUCGUAGGGUGUUUAAGUAGCUCACCUGUUUUUCCUUCUUUAAGUAACUGCACAUGUGGGUUGCCUGGAGAUUUAUUUCUUCAUCCUUUUGAAUGGUCAGAAAAUUCAUUCUAAAUGGAUCUGGUCUCACACUGCACAGCAUUCCUGCCAUUUUCUGAAUAUUAUAAUCUAUAUGUUUACAAAGGUUUAUUCUGUAAGUUUCUGCAAAUCAGGUAUAGUAUCUUUUCUCAAAGGAAAAAGGGAGCAAACCAUCUCGGAAACAAAACUGUGACCACUGAUUUUCAGGUCAUGAGCCCAAAGUGAGUUUUCAGGGUGUUAUCCUGACUAUGUAAGUUUGGUCCCCCUAAGUCAAAGUAAUGUCACACUAGGCUCAGAGAAGGAGGCUUUUAUUCUGAAGAGGGAGCACAAACCAGGAAAUGGAUGAGAUACGUGCCAAAACUCACAAAAUAAGUGUUUUGUUAAUACUGAAGAUGGCUAGUCAUUUUAUUCCCGUUAAUUUACAGUUGACUGUAAAAUAUGGAGUCUGGACAGUUUGCUUUGAGGUUCCUGGUCUUUCAGCUUUUAUUUAGAAUCCUUUAAAAAAGUGAAAUGUACAGAAUUUGCUAGGCUGGAGCCAAUGAUAACAUUCUCCAAUAAGUAAUAUUUUAUGACUAAUAAUGAUGUCACUGUUGCCAAAUAGCAAAAUGUGGUUCAACUUUUUUUUAUUUUUUAAUGUCUU